UGUCUUCCAAUCUGGAUUUACCCCAAAAGAAAACGUUUUCAAAUCCGCUUUUAAAGUUCCCGAGAAAUCCUCCAACAAAAAAGAAGAACUUUUCCGGAACAAUCCUUGACUUUUUCUCUGCAAAAUCAGCACCUCAGUAUUAUCCGAUACCAUAUGUUGUCCUCUUCUUCCUUUAUAUGUCUUCUUCCUUUAUAUAUGUCUUCUUCAAGCGCGUAGACCCGGUAGACAGAGAAGAGAGAGAGAGAAACCGUUACACAUCCCUUUAUACACAGACAUCAGCAGAUGAUUAAACUAUAUAUCUAAUCAGUGAUUAGCGUUAAAGAUUUGAUUUUUUUGGUAUUUCAAUCGCAGCCCAUCUCUGAUAUCCAGUGAAUUUAAUUGAAGUCGAAGGAUUUGGGUUAAAUAUUGAUGAAAAAUGAAGUUCUGCAAGACAUACCAGGAGUACAUGCAAGGCCAGAAGAAGAAGCAGCCCGGGGUUGGAUUCAAGAAGCUUAAGAAGAUCUUGAAGAAAUGCCGCAGAGAAGAUUUCCAUGACGUCCGUACUUGCCCUGACCAUUGCACAGUGUGUGAUGGGAGCUUUUUCCCGGCCCUUCUCGAUGAGAUGUCUGCUGUGGUGGGUUUCUUUCAUAAGCGUGCACAGACAUUGCUUGAACUCCAUCUGGCUUCUGGCUUGCGUAAGUACAUGUUUUGGGUCCAAGGCAAACGUCGAGGGGGCCAUGGUGCCUUGAUAGAAGAAGGCAAGGACCUCGUGACUUAUGCACUGAUCAACGCCAUUGCCAUUCGGAAAAUACUAAAGAAAUAUGAUAAGAUUCAUUACUCAACACAAGGACAGGCAUUUAAGUCGCAAGCUCAAAGUAUGCACAUUGGACUCCUUCAGAGCCCAUGGCUUUUCGAGCUUAUGGCUUUUCACAUCAAUUUAAGGGAAACCGAGACUAAGUCGAGGAAGGCACCGGCUUUGUUUGAGGGAUGCUCCCUCAAGAUUAAUGAUGAGAAACCAUCUCUCGCCUGUGAGCUCUUUGAUUCCGUUAAGCUUGAUAUUGAUUUGACUUGUUCUAUAUGCUUGGACACAGUUUUUGAUCCAGUUGCUCUUACGUGCGGUCAUAUAUUCUGCUACAUGUGUGCUUGCUCGGCUGCAUCAGUGACUAUUGUUGAUGGAUUAAAGUCUGCAGAGCCUAAAGAAAAAUGCCCUCUAUGCCGAGAGGCAAGAGUUUUUGAAGGCGCGGUGCAUUUAGAAGAGCUUAACAUGUUACUUAGCCGAAACUGCCGUGAAUACUGGGAGCAGAGACUCCAGACCGAGAGGGUAGAGAGGGUUCGGCAAGCAAAGCAGCACUGGGAAUCCCAGUGCCGGGCAUUCAUUGGUGCUUAGUCGCUGCCCCGCGGUUGGGGCUUUGUAACCCGCCAACUAUUUUGUAGUUUGGAAAGCCAUUAACUUCUUGUUUCUGGAUGUUUAGCUUCUUGUAAGUAGCUUUUGAAUAACAUUAUGUUCUUCAAAGUUUUGGGACUUAAACAUUUGGUUCAAGUAAAUUUCCAUUUUUGGAUUAUGGUCAAGUGCAUCCUGGCUCCUUGAACCUUGCUAUAAAGUAUCCGAGGGCGCGAUUAUAAUUUGUAAUGCUAUUUGUAUCAUAUUUAUUGAUCACUUUGCAGCCCACCUGUA